UUUUUUUGUCAUCAUUGGUGAUAUUUUUUAUUUUUUAGUGAUAUGGAUAAAAUAAAAAUAAAAAGUUCAUUUCUUAUAAUUUCUGGUUAUGAAUUCAAAAUUGCUGCUGAAAAGCAGAUUGAAUUGUCGAGCGAAUUUUUAAUGUUACCUGUUGACACUGGGAGAGAAACAGUUCUUGCGUCACUUUCCUUUAAACAUGUCAUCAAUGUGGAGUUAAUGGAUAAUUCGGAACAAAAAGGAGCUGGUUUGGCCCUUCAUGUCAAUAAUUUUAUGAUGGGAAAACUACAACAAUACUUGGUAGUGGAAGGCAAUAAAUUGAUGGAUUAUAAAUGUUCAUAUUCACGACAUAAGCUCAUUGUAUUGGACAUUCUUAACUGCGACUAUGAGAAUAUGCAUCAUAUUCGUCAAAUUCUCAGCAAUGCAAGCCUUUUCCAUCACAAUUAUGUUGUGCAACAAAUGAAUAAAAAUAAAAAAUCUAAAUUAGAAAUUGCUGUUCAGUUUGUCGGACUAAUUUCACACAAUCAAUGGUCAGUUCUUCUGAGUAUGCUGAGUGAUACAGGGCUUGUUGUUCCCAUAAAAUAUGACCGACACUCUCAACGUAUUCCGAUAAUUCCAGUAACGCAAAACGAUCAUGGAUACAUGCCUGACCCAAGAAGAUUAAAUAACAAUCAUAAUAAUAUUGUCCAACAACAUCAACCAACUUAUCUCAUACAGCAGCGCCCACCUACACCUCCACAUUCGAUUGUACUGAAAGCACCUACAUAUACUGCUCAAGGAUUUAUUAUUGAGAAUAAAAAUGUUCCUCAACAUUUGCUUUCUAAAAAAGUGUUAAAUGAUCAUAUCUUUAAUGGUAAUAAUCAUCUGCAGCUAAUUGAUGUUCAGCAACCUUCUCAUUCGAGUUUUCAGCAUCCAUCAGUCUAUCAAGUGCAGCAAACGGGUUCUCAACAGAAACAAUCAUCUCAUCAACAUCAGCAAUCAGAUAAUCAGCAACCACAGUCAAGUUAUCUACUUCAGGACGGAAUUAUUACUACACCAGAGAAACCAUUGCGCGUUCAUAUAAAACAUCAACAAAAAAACAAGAAGCAGAAGCCAACAGAAGAAAUUCAUUUGUCUGAUGAUGAACCGGAAGUGGGAGUGAAACCUUGUUCGUCAAAAUAUCUCAAUGAUGUGCUGUUUCGUUAUCCACAAAAUGCUAAUGAUUCCUGCUCGGUACAUAAAUCCGAUCUUAAACAUCUUGCUCUUGAUGUGAUGUUGAACGAUACCAUCAUUUACUUUUACCUCAAAUAUAUUCAUUAUAGUCUUGUCCCUGAAGACAGGAGGGAUCGGAUAUACAUUUUUAACUCAUUUCUCUUUGAAAGGCUUACACAGGCUCCUGCUCAUGGAAAAACGCAGGUCACACUGGCUACGAGAAUAAAGCGGGUUGUGUUUAAUUUUCAAGCAGUUAAGAAUUGGACAAAAAAAGUUGAUAUCUUCUCAAAGGAUUAUGUCGUCGUACCUAUAAAUGAAGAAAUUCACUGGUAUUUGGCCAUUAUUGUAAAUCCUCAUGCAGGCGUUUUUGAUAUGGAUGGUGAGGCAAAGUAUAAUCCAUCUGAUAGCUCCGGACCUUUUCUAAUUUUAAUUGAUCCUGCACUGGAUAAACAUCUCGAUGUUAGGCAACAACUGAGUGAGUACUUACACUUAGAAUAUGCUGACAAACAUAAGAAGGAUGGAAAAUACUUUAAAAGGGAGUCACUACAGGUCAUCCAGCCUACUCUCAUUCCUCAACAAAAAGGAUAUAUUGAUUGUGGAUUAUUUUUGUUGCAUUUUGCAGAGCUUUUUCUUGCGAUUUCGAAUCGUGCUUCAUUUCGAUGCUGGUUUCAUGAUUUCCAAAUUCAGCAUAAACGGAAUCAAAUUCAACAAGUAAUACGUCAGGUGGCACCUCAUGUGAAACCUUCAAUGUUUAUCUAUCAGCCAACGCCUAAUAAUAACACAAAAAAGACUAGAAAAUCGAAGAGACAACAACCCCUUUUGGAAGCAUUCCCUUUGAUUGGUAGAGAUCGACGUCAAAGCGAAUCUAGAGUUAGUGAGAUUGCACGUGACCCUCGUUUUUCAGUUUUAUAUCGUCCCAGAUCUUGUGAUUCUCUUAUCGCAGAGAAUAAAGAGAGGCCGUUAGUUCUUCAGCCUCCAACUAUUUUGGAAAUGAAACGUUACAGAAAGAUCAGGAAUCCUUUAAUAGAUGCAAUAAUUUAG